ACCUCUUCAGCCUCGUCCAGUCCAAAUACUGCCUAAAAACCAGGGGAUUUCCAGAAAUAGCAAGACACAGCUAUUGCCUUUUCUUUUGUCAAUUAUCGACAAUGGAUCCAGUGCCUUGACCGCUAAAAAAGCACGUUGACCCUCCACCAUGCCAGAGUCGCACUCAGGCCCAACGUCGUUCUCGCGAUAUCGUCCUCUGCUCUACCUGUUCACCGGUGUUGUAGCAGCCUACGCCCUCGUCUACAUCCACAAUAACAUCAUCUCCCCGACCCCAGAGCAGACAUCCUCCUCCCUUCGCCGCCGAAACGCCGUCCGCCGGAGACGGAACGACCCCGGCGAUGUCACCGAGACACCUUCCUACCGCGCCAUUACACAUCUCGAACAACUCGAGCGCCAAAAUGGAGUUUACGGUACAUUCCGGAUCGAAACCGAAGACGGACGACGGGUGGAAAGCGGCCUGCUGCCGUCGCUCCUGGCGACACGAGACCAGUUAAUGGAGGAAGUCGGGGUGCCACCAGCCCAUGCGGAGCGGAUGCGCGAGAUGAUGGAGGAUACGUUUCUGGAGUCAUUUCUUGCGUUGGAUUUCCCGCCCGAACAUGUGUUGGAGGAUGGGAGUGCCGAGAGGAAUUACUUGUCGGAGCAGUUGCAGCGGCGGGGCAUUUCGCGGGUUGGAGUUGAGAGGGCGCUGGCGCAGUUCAAUGAGAAUAGUAAUUACGGGGAGGAGCUGAGGCAUCGGAGACAGAAUGGGGAACGGGUGACGCUGUCGACGUCGACUUUUCCGGAUGUGUCGGUGCCUGCGCAGAAUAUGGAUGCGGAUACUGUGGUGGAUGACCAGAGCGUAUUCUCGUGGAGGGAUGGGAAUAAUGAUACGUCGCCUACGCGAGAGGGUCAGAAUCUGCUCAACUUGCUGUAUCAUAUCGCAGAGGACCAAUCGCGGCGGGAUGGGUAUAUUCAUCGAGGAGUUACGUGCAAUAGCUGCAACGCCAUGCCCAUCCAAGGCAUUCGGUAUCGAUGCGCGAAUUGCAUUGACUACGACCUGUGCGAGACGUGCGAAGCGAUGCAAGUGCACAUCAAAACGCAUUUGUUCUAUAAAGUCAGAAUUCCUGCGCCUUUCCUUGGAAAUCCUCGACAGUCUCAGCCCGUUUGGUACCCCGGCAAACCGGCGAUGCUUCCUCGCAGCCUCCCACGGAACCUGGCCAAGCGUUUUAUGAAAGAGAUGGGGUUCGAAAAUACUGAGUUGGACGCUUUGUGGGACCAGUUCCGGUGUCUUGCGAACUACGAGUGGCCGGAUGAUCCCAACAAACUAUACAUGGCUAUUGACCGCAAGACGUUCGAUCGCUGCUUUGUGCCCAAUACAUCCAUCCGGCCGCCUCCUCCCAGUCUUAUCUACGAUCGGAUGUUUGCAUUUUACGACACUAACAGCGAUAACCUGAUCGGCUUUGAGGAGUUCUUGAGAGGUCUCGCUAGUCUCAAUAACAAGAGCAAUGAUGAACGCCUGCGCCGUGUGUUCCGCGGAUAUGAUAUCAAUGGAGACGGUUUUGUGGAACGGAAAGACUUCCUGCGUGUGUUCCGGGCAUACUACGCUCUUAGUCGCGAACUAACACGGGAUAUGGUCGCCGGUUUGGAAGAUGACUUCUUGGAAGGUGGUGCGCGGGAUGUUGUUCUGGGUAGCCAGCCUAUCAGCUCAGCAUUUCCCGGCAGUAUUCCCUCCGGAGAGCCAUCGAGAAUUGGUGAAGGAAAGCGUAUCAACCGAGAGGGCGAUAUGGAGGUCAUGGAUAACGAGGGUGUUCUGCGCCAUGACGGCUCUGAUACUGGCGAUCGCUAUAGUGUUGUUGGAGAUUCUGCUGUCCGUGGGCAAUUCGGACGUGUGAGACCCAUGUUUCCGUCGACUGUUCGUCUGGCUUCAGCCGCAGAUUCCCAUCAUCCAGGGAUCGACGGAAUAGGCGAAGACAUGGACGAGGAUGAAGACGAGGAUGCCAGCGAAUCUGAGGACGCGUCGAGCUCAUCGAUCACCAGUGACCAUUGGCCGCCGGUAGAACACAUACUCGAGGAGGAUGUCAUCAACGCUCUUGGCGCGCCGGUUCCUCUUCAAGAGAUCACUGACCCUGUCGACCGAGCACGAAUUGGAACGGCUGUUUACCACCGUAUGCGGGAUGACGAUCAAAGACGAGUAGACGAAGCUCGUCGGUACGGAAUCGAUGAGCGUUGGAGGCGGAGAGCGUUCUAUACGGAUGAAGAAGACGGUGCUACGAUUCCCGAGGGAUACCAAAGAGAUCCUGACUAUGACAAUUCGAGCGAUGAAGACGAAGACGAGGACGUCAUUGAUGAACAACCGGAGUCGCACCCACCAUCGCCUCGUUCACGGUCUUCAUCCAAGGUCCGGUUCCAGGAUGAUUUCACUGAUGAUUACGAGAUCCGAUCUACGACUUCGUCUCGAAGCAUUCCUGUUGGAGAACGAUGGGGUGGUUUCGAGAUUCCGGAGGUCGAGCGAGAUGUGGGUAAGGAGGUUUUGUACCAGGUUACGCAACAAGGGUUUAACGAGCUUCUGGAUAUCCUCUUCAAACCGAAAGAGGAUCUGCUCAUGGAAGUAAACCGGACACGUACUGAGAGGAAAGUUUGGGCGAGCGAGAUUGAACUUUUUGAACAGACCGAUCCGCACAAGCAAAAGGCUACAGGAGAUGAACCUGAAAGCAGACAUCGUGCUGCAGUGGAACAGAGGUCACUCGACGAGUUGCUAGAACGAACAGGAUAUUCAGUUGACAGUCCGCCUCUGGAGCCUUCUCAGACUGGCGGUCCUGUGCUUGCUCCUCCUCCAAGAUUCAGGGUUCCCGAUGACGACGUCAGGCCAGUCCAUCUUGCUGAGCCGGAUGACGACGAAGAGGAAGGGGAAGAGGAGGAGGAAGAAAAUGAAGGAGAGGGAGAGAGAGGGGGGGAGACUGAAGAUGAGGACUACGAGGACAUGCCGGAACUAGAAUCCCGCGAAGGACUCGACGAGCCAGCCACUCGCCCGGUAACUCCUGAACUACAAAUAACCCACGACGAAUCCGCUCCUACAACACCCGACUACGAUCCCACCCUUCCCCAAAACCGCCCCAACGAAUUACCAAUCCAACCCUCCACACCCCGCGAAGGAACCAUCCUACCCCUCCACCUCCGCCUACAACCAAACAAUUCCUUCCCCAUACCGUCCUCCCUCCCCUCAUCCUCCCCCGAAGCCGAAGCAACAGCCCCCAAACAACCCCCCUCUCCAAUCCAACCCCUCCCUCCAGCCCCAACUACCUCAACUUCCACCCUCCCACUAGAGACAGAAGAAGCAUCGCCAACCCGCCGGCCAACACCGCGAAUGCUUUCCCGGUGGGCAUUCUUAAAUCAGGUUGAGCGGGAGGCGAAGGAGCGGGGUGGGACGGGGGCGAAGUUGAAUUUUGAGGAGUUUUCGAGACGGAUGGCGGCCGACCGGCAACGGAGAUUGGCUUUUGUGGCGAGUUGGAUUGAGAUGGCCAGUUUUUAGUAUAUAGGAAAAGUACUGUGAUCAACACAUUGUUUACACCCUCGGGUAUAUCAUCAUAGAUAUCACAUUCACCUCUUAACGGACACCUCCACACCCCCUAAAGCCGUGCCAACGUACGAAAUUGCUUUUUUAGUGCACGCCCUGAGCCCUCACUGAUCAGCCUGAGUAAAAUAGCCUCAAUAUAAUGCACCAUGCUAUCAUG